AAUCCAAAUGGGAUUUUUUUUUUUAAUAAAUACUGAUGAUGUAAUAGUUUGACACAUGCCAUGACCUUUCCAGUUCGUCACACCAUAUAUAGAUCUAUAAGUAUGGGAGUUUAAGAGAGAUGUCAUGAAAUUCGUUCAUGAAACGAGAUAUAGAAAUAUAGGACUUGGAGUUGAUUUUGGCAGGUUUGGUGUAUCAAGGUCAGGCAGUGCGUAAUUUUUCACACAUCCAAGAGUGUUAAUUUGUUAAAUAAGCUCAAAAGCAAACGUUUUAUUCACAGAUUUGUGAGUUUUGUUACUGAAUCAAAGGGGAGCAAGAAUCAUGGGAGAAGUAGUACCCAUUGAAGAUGAUUCAACGCAAGAGCUUCCACUUUACCUACCACCUACGCCGAGUCCACUGCAAAUCAUCACAAUCAAAUCCACCUCCAUCAAGGAGACGACGCCUGGAGUUACUAAGUGUGAUUCUAAUGGUCAAGGCGUCGACCCUCGGGAACUUGAAUCCUGGCUGCCUAUUACCGAGUCGAGAAACGGCAGCACAUUCUCUGCAAUUUUCCAUCUUUUGUGUUCAGGGAUUGGGUAUCAGGUCCUUCUGCUUCCUGCGGCAUUUGCAGUUCUUGGAUGGGCAUGGGGAAUCAUAUGCUUGUGCAUGGCAUUUAUGUGGCAACUCUACACUAUAUGGCUUCUAGUCAAUCUUCACGAACCCGUUCCUGGAACUCGCUACAGCAGAUUUGUCCGCCUGUCAAUUUUUGCCUUUGGUCAAAAGCUUGGGAAGCUGCUGGCAAUCUUCCCAGUAAUGUAUCUGUCAGGAGGCUCUUGUGUUUUGCUUAUUAUCACAGGAGGAAGGACCAUGGAACAACUUUUCAAGAUCAUAUGUGGAGAAGGAACAAUGUGUGAAUCCAAGUCAUUGACUGGUACAGAGUGGUUUCUCCUCUUUACUUGCAUAGCUCUUAUCAUUGGCCAGUUACCCACUUUAAAAUCAAUAGCCAGAGUCUCCCUAAUUGGUGCCAUAACUGCGAUUGGGUACUGUACUAUGAUAUGGGCUCUCUCAAUCAGCAAGGGUAGGCCUGAUGGUGUUUCUUACAGCAUACCAAAUGAUGCAAAAACUGGUAUGACUGGAUUUGGUAACAUCUUGAAUGCCAUUGGCAUCCUUGUGCUUGCAUUCAGAGGCCACAAUCUUAUUCUUGAGAUACAGGGGACGUUGCCUUCCAAUUCAAAGCACCCAUCUCGGAAGUCUAUGUGGAGAGGAGUAAUGGUGUCCUAUAUAAUAAUAGCAAUGUGUUUUUUUCCACUUGCUAUAUUUGGAUUUUGGGCUUAUGGAAACAAUAUACCUGCAAAUGGAGGGAUUCUAACUGCAUUUUUACAAUUUCACAGAAAAGAGACUUCAAAGUUUGUGAUAAGCCUAAUCUACUUAUGUAUAAUUAUAAGUUGCUUGGGUUCAUACCAAAUCUAUGCAAUGCCUUCUUUCGACAACUUCGAGUUUAUUUAUGCCACCAGUAAAAACAGGCGAAGUCCAGGGUGGGUUCGUGUAGGAUUACGCCUUUUCUUUGGAGGACUCACAUUCUUCAUAGCAGUGGCUUUUCCCUUCUUGGGAAGCUUGGCACCUCUACUUGGAGGAAUGGCAGCAGUACCUUUGACGUUUGCUUAUCCAUGUUUCAUGUGGAUUUCAAUCAAAAGACCCCGGGCCAAUAGUGCCAUGUGGAGUCUGAACUUGGGACUUGGUUGCAUUGGCAUUGGUCUGAGCAUUUUGUUAAUAGUUGCUGCUAUAUGGAACUUAGCUGACAAAGGUUUAAAUGCCAACUUCUUCAGGCCUUAAUGGCAGAUACAAAAGAAAUAAAAAGCACUCAGAUCAAGAAUGAUCGAGUCAUGUGUAUAUUUAUGAACUUAAACGAGCCUAAUCAAAUCCUUCUUUUAGCCAAUUAAUCAAUUUUUUUGCUGUGUAUAUAUAAAAAUUGAAAUCGUUGUCCGUUAGAUUAGUUUCAAUAAGAUUUACAUUUCAUUAACAUAAAUCAGAGAAAACAAUGUUUUCGUGAGAAUUAUGAUCUGACGACUGGAACAUAUCCAAAGUAAUUG